GUGGUGGAUGGGGGAUUGAUAUUUUUAUCUUACUUCCCAGUGUACCCACUUGGCUCGCUCUCCAUGGUCAAGGAAGAGAGUGUCAUCUAUCGCAUUUUGUCCCUCUAUUGAAAUCAUCUGGUUGUGGUGUGAUUGGGUGGGAGGACGAGCAGCGCACUGGUACACUGUUGGGUCUAACGAGCGUGAGACCUGUGGAAUCAUUGACAGGCUGAUUAUGUUGUGGCGUGACUGUAAGGAUUUCAGUCGGUUUACAUCCAAUUGCUUUUGCAGUGCACAUGCGAUAGUAUUGAAAAGAGCUCACUCUUGCAUCUGAGCUCAUACGUUCUGCGGCAUUGUUUGGAACCGGAAUUCGGGCUUCGCACAGGAUAAUUUGGAACAUUAUGGCAUUAUCGACGCUUAGUUUGAACUAGUCAUCCUGGUUUAUUAUAUAAUCUGGACCGUAGUCCGUAGUGAUUGCGAAUUGCAAAUUAGAUUUUCCGUCCAGUUUGAUUGCUGCGGAUCACAACUUCUUUUGGGAGUCGGGAGCUUGGUUAUUAUGCCAGCAAUUGAAAUUAAUUUUUUGCUUCAAAUCCUCGUUACCAUUUGAGCAGCAGCUUCGAGAAGGGGUGAUGGGUAAGCAAGAGUCGCUUGUUUCGGAGCUUGAGCACCAAAUUUUGUAGAGUGAGCUUUUUAAUUUAAUCCAUUGAGCCCACCAUGGCGACGAUUGAAGCCAUGUUAGGGGCACCCACGUUACUCAGCAUACACAGACGAUCUUCGGUGGUCACACACAGCCCCAAGAGAUCCCUACGUCCAUCUUUGGUCAUCAAUCCUGCCCUCUGGGUAACACUUCCCAGGCCCUUCGGACGACAGAUUCGUCGAAUUACCUGCCAAAUUUCAAAGUCUUCGGGGAAGGGAGACCCUUGGCAGCAGACAGUCUCGCAGCCAGAUACAUUUACCAAAUACUCUGGGUACAUUGCCGAGGCCGCCAUCGAGGAAGCUGAUCAAUUGGACGAGUAUAAUGCGGAUAAGAUUGCUGCUGUUUUCAAUCGCCGGCCAUUUCUGCUAGCAAGAAGGUUGAUUCAAAUUGCAGGGACUCUAGGGUGGUGGGUUGCAGUUCGAUAUGGUGACACUUUCUUUGGAAAGAAGGACCAAAACUUCAAGAAACGGGCGGCACAAUUACGACAAUCUCUUGUUCAACUCGGUCCUGCAUUUGUGAAGAUUGCUCAAGCGGUUUCUUCACGCCCUGAUGUUAUUUCGCCAGAGUAUUUGGAAGAGCUUGCUCUGUUACAGGACCGUAUUGCUCCCUUCUCGACAGAACUUGCGCUACAAAUCAUUGAGCAAGAGCUAGGAGUUACUGUUGACCAGCUUUUUUCUGAAAUCUCUCCACAGCCAGUUGCUGCUGCUUCUCUUGGACAGGUUUACCAAGCACGGUUGCGUCCAAAUGGUGAGGCAGUAGCUGUGAAGGUGCAACGACCGGGGGUUCGAGCAGCCAUGGCACUCGACCUUUAUAUCUUGCGCAAACUGGCAAAAUUUGCAGGGUCAUUGCUGAAACUCAACACAGAUCUUCCAGGUGUUGUUGACGAAUGGGCUUCAAGUUUGUUCAAGGAAAUGGAUUAUCAGGCAGAGGCUCGUAAUGGUUUACGAUUUCGGAAAAUGUUUGGAACUCUACCUGACGUGAUAGUACCGAAGAUGUAUUCAGAGUUGACGAGUCGCCGGGUUCUUGUUAUGGAAUGGGUUGAGGGACAACGAUUGUCUGAAGUCAGUGACCUUCGCUUAGUUGAGGUAGGAGUUUUCUGCUCCUUGACACAGUUAUUGGAUAAUGGUUUUUAUCAUGCGGAUCCACAUCCUGGCAACUUACUGCGCACUCCAGAUGGCAAAUUAGCCUAUCUAGAUUUUGGAAUGAUGGGUGAAAUGAGGGAAGAUCUCAGAGACGGGUUGAUUGAAGCGUCGGUACACCUUGUCAAUCGUGAAUAUGAACUUCUUGCUGGCGAUUUUGUCACUUUGGGGCUUGUACCACCCACUGCAGAAAUGGGCGAAUUUUCGAAGGCGCUUACAGGCGUAUUUCAAGAAGCCGUGAGCAAAGGCGUUCGGAAUAUAAGUUUUGGAGAUUUGUCAGGAAAACUAGGUGUCACCAUGUAUAAAUUCAAAUUCCGCAUUCCUUCCUACUUUUCGCUGGUUAUCCGUAGUUUAACAGUACUUGAAGGCAUUGCCCUUAGUAGUGAUCCCAACUAUAAAGUACUGAGUAGUUCAUAUCCAUGGAUAGCGCGGAAGGUCCUCACUGACAAAUCACCAAAGCUUCGGUCCACUCUUCAGGAAAUAGUAUACAAAGACGGUGCUUUUAGAAUCGAUCGCCUGGAAUCAUUGUUAACAGAGUCAAUGCGACAACCAUUGGAAGAUCCGGCAGUGGUAGAAAAUAAACCAGCUGAGAAGCGAGAAGGAAAAACAGAAAGGGACACUAGGAAUCUUGUGAAACGCCUUCUCACCUUUGCACUGACAGAUCAGGGCGAUUUUGUACGAGAAUUGGUAUUGGAUGAACUUGCCAAGGGUAUAGAUGCGUUCAAUCGAAUAGCGUUUGACGCUGUUGCUCACAACAUACAAAUACGUUCUCCUAUAGCUCUUCCAGUGAUUGCACCUGUAACUGAAGAUGAGGAUCGUAAGAACUUGGAAAAUCUUCAGCAAAUUCUGAACAUAUUCAUGAAUUCCGAAAGUGGUUUAGGAGUUAGGACUUUGGCAGGUAUGACGGGUGGUCGCGGAGGUGUAAAUGGAGCUACUAACAGAGCAACUCGUUCAACAGCGAACCCUCGUUCUAUCACUCAGUCUACCAAGGUUGAGAGGGUUGGAAGCCAGAAUGGAGCAGCAAUGAGAACAACUCUUGCGGAGAGUAACGAUGGGAAGGAUCUUAUACAGAGAACUGAAGUGAUGAACCGAGACAACAGCUUCAGUGACAAUAGGGUGCCGAAGACAACGGUUAUUCAGGGUUCCGGUAACGACCUAGUGGAGAGGACCCAGUUUGUGAAACCAGAGUCAAACGGAAACAACAGUAAGGAAAAUGGGCGAGUGAUGAAGACGCAGAUUGUCAGCGGCGCGAACAGUAACGACCUGGUGGAGAGGACCCAGUUUGUUGAUGACAACAAUUCGGAGACAUCCCUUUCAAUGGACGACAUCACUGAUAUGUUACAAAGUCUCAGUGGCUUGACACAGCAUUUACCACUACUGUCUGUUGUUCCUGAGCUUCCCUUUCGAGCUCGUCAGCAAGCGGUGUUCCUACCCGCUGAACUCGCUGGAAGGGUAGCAUCGCGUGUCGCCGCGCGCACCAUUAGGAGAGCCCUUCCUCGCAAUGGUAGCAGUCGGUACUCUUACAAGGAUCAGAACUAGGAGAGAUCACAAGCUGAUACAUGCAGACCUAGAUUAUUGGAAGGUUCUUGGUGUGCAUAGUACGAUAUGUUUUUUUCUUAGGCUUAAUUGCUUCUUAGACUUCCAAUUGCAUACCACAAUUGCACACAUGUACUAUUAUGUUAAUUUGGCUUCGAUUGAACAAUAACAUUGUGUUUUAUUGUAAUUCGUAUAAUGCUACUACACAAGUGCAUUGAGCUUGA